AUCUACGACGAUUGGUCCUAUGCGAACAGAUCCCCAAUCAAGUUCAAGGAUGACCAGGCCAUUAAAUGCCAACCUUUUGUAAUGGAAAAUAUUCUCGUUUAGCUCUGCUAAAAACUCCCUUGUCUGGUUUGGAUGAGCCUGAGAAAUAAGCUCUUAAUGGAAUUGGAGCUACUUUGCAAGAACGGACUAAGACACAACUGCCCUUUCAACCGAGCGACAUAUUUUGCUUGUUCUUCAAGUGCAUCUUGUGAUUAUGAACAGUAGUUCUAAGAAUUAAAAUGUUCUUAAUUCAUUAACUGCAACUUGAUCUCUCAUAUGUACACACACGUUUAUUCCAUAUUACUGGUAUAUAACUACAACAAAUUCUCGGCUUGACCUCCCUAACUCUUUUUCAUUUCACUUUUUCUAUAACAGCAAUAUAGUUUCAACCUUCAAUGUCAAAUGGAACGGACAAUUGAUUCCGUAAAGUUGGAUACCACUGUCUGUGCAAGAUGUUCAGAAAUAGAUUCACAUACUGUGAAUAAAUUGGCAGUCAAUAUGUCACUUGUCUCUAAUGCUAAUGUGAUUUCCAUUAUCUUGUGAAGUGAUAUUAGACCAAAAUGGCGUAUGAAGAGCACCCCUAUGGCCAAGUGGAGAGGCCAAAGUAUGAUUGCCUUCUAUUCGAUCUUGAUGAUACACUUUAUUCCUUCAGUUAUGGUUUGGCAGCAGCAUGUGGCAAAAAUAUUAGAGGUAUCUUUGCACUCUUCACUCUAACUGCAAUUCCUGCUGGUUUCUUUCUUUUCAACGUUUAUCUGUGGGGCUGGUUCUUCCGUUUCAUUGCCAUAUUGAAGGACACUUGAUGGUUGGAUCCCAUGGUUGUUGGUUGCUAGGGUUUGAAAUCAGUUUGGUAUGGAAAGCAAAGAGAUCGGAACAAACAUACAUAUAUAUAGGGAAUGACUGGGUUCUAGCGACUUCUAAGCCAUAAUAUGAAUCAAUUGGGCCUGAGAGAUUUGGAUCUCGGAAAGUGGCUAAGGAUAUCAUCAUUGGGGUCAAAACGUUUCCAGGGUUCAAGUAAAUAGACUCCAAAGAU